CCAUAUUUUUUUCUAUCAAAGACAAAACGCCGGUCUUUUAUUUCUCGUUUUCCGCCCAGAAGUGUGUGUAUAGUUUCUACGCGGAAAAUUGGUAAAUGAUGGCAGCAAAUAAUUAUUUUGGGUUUACCCAUGGUGGAACCCAAUACGGUGCGGCAACAGCUAGUGCAGCUUACGGCGGCCAGACGGGGUACGCCGUGGCGCCGGCUGCGACCGCCGCGACGUACGGGACCCAGCGUGCCGCGGCGACAGGUUACGAUACUGCGUACCAAGCCGCGGCCGCCACGCAAGCCCUGGUUGUGUCUCCAGCGGCGCACGCGCACGCACACGCGGCCGCCGCCGCCGCGUCGGCCUACGACGCCAGCAAGAGCGCGUACUACCAGCAGGCCGCCGCCGCGUACCCCGCGGCCGCGCCGCCGCAGCCCCAGCCGGCCUACGACACCACGGCCAAACCCGCCUACUCCACGCCCGCCACCUACGCACAGUAUGGGCAGGGCGGCGCGCGCGGAGGUGGUGGCGCCAAAGCGACCUACGGCUCCGUGUACACCGCCACCACGGCCGCCGCGUCCUACCCCUCGCAGCCCUACACCGCGCCCGCGGCGCAGCCCGCCAAGCAGACGGCUAACAGGGGCAACUCUGCUUAUGAUACAGCUCUCUACAACGCAGCAACCAUGUAUGUGGCGCAGCAGAACAAAACUGGCGGUGGCGGCGGAUGGAAGAACUACAACAAGAGCGGUGUAGGCGCGGCGCAGGCGCGGCGACCGAAGCCGCAACCGAAGGCGCAGCAACUACACUACUGCGACGUGUGCCGCAUCUCAUGUGCCGGCCCACAGACAUACAAAGAGCACUUGGAAGGUCAGAAGCACAAGAAGAAGGAAGCGGCCGUGAAGGUCGCCGCCGCGGGUGGGGGGUCCGGUGCGAGGGCGUGUGGCGCCUCCGCCUUGCGCUGCGAGCUGUGUGACGUCACAUGCACCGGCGCGGACGCAUAUGCGGCGCACGUGCGCGGCAUCAAGCACCAGAAGGUGGUCAAACUGCACACCAUGCUGGGCAAGCCUAUCCCCUCCACUGAGCCCACAAAGUUGACUCCGGCCAAAAAGACGGUCGCGGGCGCGCCCAAGGUGUCGUUCGUGGCGUCGGGCGGGCUCAGCACGGUGGGCUCAAGCGACGCGCGGCCCGCAGACGCCGCGGCCGAGCGCGAGGACGAGCCGGACGAGCCCGAGGUGCAGCCCGUGGGGCAGGACUACAUCGAGGAGAUCCGCGGCGACGACGGCAAGGCGCUGAGCUUCAACUGCAAGCUGUGCGACUGCAAGUUCAACGACCCCAACGCCAAGGAGAUGCACAUGAAGGGCCGCCGCCACCGCCUGCAGUACAAGAAGAAGGUGCAACCGGAUCUGGAAGUGAAGGUGAAGCCUUCGAUGCACCAGCGCAAACUGGCUGAAGCCAAGGCUCAGCGGAUGCUAGUCAGGGAUGAGCUGUGGGCGCGCCGUCGCAUGCAUGAGGCGGGCGAAGACGACGAGCGCGCGUACUGGGAGGGCGCCGACUGGUGGCGCGGCCCGCACCAUCAUCACCAUCACCAGGGCAUGGGCAUGGGCUACGGGCCGGUGGGGCGGCGGCCGGAGACCUCGGACGAUCGGCACGUGCUCGCCAAGCACGCGGACAUCUACCCGCCGGAACAGCAGUUGCAAGAGAUUCAGCGCGCCGUGUCGCACACGGAGAAAGCUCUCAAGUCACUGUCCGAUGCGUUGGCCGAUACCACGCGAUCCAAGGGUCAGCCUGCCAAAGCAGCAGUCAAAACUGAAGACAAAAAAGAUGACAAGCCAGAGGGAAAAGAAGACGGCCGGGAUAACCAAUUGUUCUCAUUCGUCGGCGAGGGCGAAGCCCCACAAGGCGAAGGCGCUAAUACUACGAGUGGCUCCGCUGCAUCAGUCACCGGGCCCGGCGUGCGCGCGCUCAAGGGCGUGAUGCGUGUCGGACUAUUGGCCAAGGGGCUAUUGUUGCGAGGGGACCGCGACGUUCGUCUAGUGGUGUUGUGCCACGACCGACCGACGGUCACAUUGCUCAAGCGCGUCGCCGCCGACUUGCCGCACCACCUCAACAAAGUUAAGGGUCCCAAUGAUGAAUCAAAAUACAAAGUGGAGUUGCAACCAGCGGAAGGCGCCGUGCAGGUUUCCGACGGGACGGUCAACGUCCUCGUCAGCCUGACGUCCGCCGUCAUGCGCGAGCCCGCAGAAGGCGGCGACAUAAAGCGAGACGACAAGGACGUGCUACCGCGGCAGAAGUGUUUGGACGCGUUGGCCGCCCUUCGGCACGCCAAGUGGUUCCAGGCUAGGGCGGCGAGCCUGCAGUCGUGCGUCAUCAUCAUCCGCAUCAUGCGCGACCUGUGUCGGCGCAUCCCCUACUGGACGCCGCUCAACCCAUACGCAAUGGAGUUGCUGGUCUCCGGAGUGAUGCAGUCGGCGGGAGGCGCGCUGUCGCCCGGGGAGGCGCUGCGGCGCGUCAUGGAAGCCCUGGCCGGCGGCCUCAUACUGGAGCACGGGCCUGGCUUGAGGGACCCGUGCGAGAAGGAGCUUGUUGACGCUUUGGGCAACAUGCCGGCACAAAAGCGUGAGGACCUGACGGCGUCCGCGCAACAAUUCCUGAGACAAAUCGCCUUCAGACAAAUUCACAAGGUACUGGACAUGGAGCCGCUGCCGAAGGUGAAGCACGCAGCGGGCGGCUGGAAGUUCCCGCGCAAGCGCAGGCGCUCCAACACCGACAACGACGCCGACACGCCCAACGGUGACGGCAAGGUGGUCAAGACGGAAGAGAAGACCGACGCGUCGGAGAACGCGAAGAAGUAACGCGUUCGCGCCCGACCGCCGCGUUCCUCACGCGAAUACUAAACCAAGCUGAUAGUGAACAUAAUGAUUAUAUUAUUUUCCAAAAAUUUAUUUUCUAAGAUAUACACGAUUGUAUACCUAAUGGAGAGAUGGCGAAUAGAACUGGAAUAGUUUAUUUUUAGUUUAUAGACUAGCGUUAUGACUCUAAUCAGACCUGUUGACUGUGUAAGCUUAAAGCGGUCCGCCCACGUCAGACUUUGUAGGUCCGAUAAAUAAUAAUCGGCCACCGACUUUUAUCAUACAUUUUUGACAGCUUUUUUGUAUGAGGGUCUGUUCGUCUGUGUCUGUCCACGUGUCACAGUUCUCCAGCUCGUAGACUACUUAGUGAGUUAGGAACCUGAAUUUUUUGUGAUGUAACCUCAAUUUUACAGUUUUCGGAGGAUUAUAAGACAUAGCUAACAAAUUUCAUCAUUCUAGGUUAACAGGAAGUACCCUAUAGGUUUUGAUUACCUUGACAUACAGACUCAACGGGACAGUAACUCCAUGGGUUUUGAUUCCCGUGACGGGUCUUGACAGACAGACAACGAAGUGUAGCUAACCUUCCUUCCCAGGGUUCCUUUUUUCCUCUUGAGAUACGGAUCCCUAAAAUGUUUGAAUAAAAAAAAACUUGUACAGUUCUAUUCGCCAGCUCUUCGUAUGAAAUGAAGUUUAUGUGAGACGAUGCAAACAUGCACACCUAACCGCUGGAGAAAUGGUGAGGAACUUUCAUGACCUGCUCGAUUAAAGCUGUAAGCUGUAAACCCUGUGCUUGUAGAGAAAGAAACGAAAAUGGCGUAAAUCAUUUUCUCCCACUCGCACACUUUACACGGGUAUAGUGUGCAAGUGUGAUCGAAUGAUUGACGCUGCUCAUUUCGCUUCGUUUCUUUGUUGGCACGCAUUAUAAAACACAUGUCGAGAAAAUAAAUUAAUUGAAAAUGGCGGCGUCACUCAGUCUCUCCCACUCGCACGCUAUACAUAAAUAUAGCGUGUAAGUGAUGGGGAUGAUUGUCGCCGCCAUCUUGGAUUCCUUUCUGUGACACAAGCAUAUGAUUCUUAUGUUACCUAGUUGUAGCAAAUUCCAGUUCAGAGUGGAAGGAAAAUUUAGUUACUGCUUUUAUCAAGUUUAUCAAUUUUCCCACAAUUUCUCCGAAUAGUUCUCACGGGCACGCGACGCAAUUUGCGUGAAAUAUAUUUUGUGUACCGCAUUUUGUCACACAAAGUUGUAUAAAUAUUAUUUUUGUGGCAUUGAUCGAUCUGUCCAAAACUACCUAUAUUAUAUUAUUAUUACUAAAUAAAAACUAAUUUUAGUCCAAGAGUUUAGAGGUAGUAGUAUUUUAAAAUUAGAUAGUAUUAGGAUACGAGCUAUAUUAUGUAGUCUCUAAUUUAAGGGCGAAGGUUCGACAGGGAUAGAAAAUUGUCACAGGCGCUAUGUACGGUACGCUCGAUGGAAAGGACAAAGAUGGAUAUAGAUAAGUUAUUUUGUUUCUACGUUUUUAGGUCACAGUAUUUUUUGACUUUGAAUUAUGAAUAUUAGUUCCUCUGACGGCGAAUGGAGUUUAACGGCUUCCGCUGGAAAAUGUUUUUUUUUUUUACUACAUUUGACUUUAUUUCUUAGUUAUAAAGCUGUGUGCACCAAAUUGAAUAUUUUAACGGUUCAUAUGAAACAGUAGUUUAUAAUAUAUCUGUAACCUUCAUUUUGUCCGUCUGAUUCAGCUAAAUAAACUUGUGUAAAUGAUCAAUUUUUCUUUAGUCUAAUACUUUCAUGUUAAUUCAAAAUUAACAACUGUGUGAUGUUUUUAUAUUAGAUUUUUUAGGUUUCAAACUUGUAAUAAGACCCUUAAGAUAGCUGAAAUAUUAAGUACUUUUGUCUUUUUUUCCAAUUGAGGAAAAUUACUUUUUGUAUUUAUAUGAGUACUUUUGAAUAUUAAUAUCAAUAAAUAAUGAAACACAAAAUGUUA